AGCAGACUGAACUUAAGAGACACACAAACUGAACUAUUGAUCACAUCACAUUAGUGUCGAUCCGAUAACAGUACCAACGUUUGUAUCGCUUCUAUCGCCGUUUGGAUCGAUCCGCGUAGCCCGAGUUGAAGCAGCAAUGUGUUCAGUUCAGUAUUUCAGAGAGUUCACCAAGGAAAGACCAACUGCUUGUAAAGAAAUCUCAGAGGUUCAAAAAUCCACCGUCCAUUAUGAGGAGGAGAUCAACCGUCAGCGCAGACCGCUGGAUAACAACCGGAAAUCCGACAGAAACUCACAUAUCAUAGACAUGUCACAACAACAUGAUUGUGAGGAAGAGGAGGGUCUCACAGAGCAGCAUGUCUGUAACCAAGAGAGGAACUCCAGCCUGGACCAGGAGGACCCAGAGCCUCCAGAGAUUAAAGAGGAACAGGAGGACCCAGAGCCUCCAGAGAUUAAAGAGGAAGAAGAGGACCCAAAGCCUCCACAAAUUGAAGAGGAACAGGAGGACCCAGAGCCUCCACAGAUUAAAGAGGAACAGGAGGACCCAGAACCUCUACAGAUUAAAGAGGAACAGGAGGACUUGGAGCCUCCACAGAUUAAAGAGGAACAGGGGGAACCAGAGCCUCCACAGAUUAAAGAGGAACAGGGGGACCCAGAGCCUCCACAGAUUAAAGAGGAACCAGAGAAACUCUGUAGCAGUCAGGAGGCAGAGCAGCUUGGACUGAAGCAGGAGGCUGAUACUUUUAUGGUGACUCUUGAGCAAAGUGACCACAGUGAAGCAGAACCAAACCAUGAGCAGCUUCUUUCUCACAACUCUCCAGAAGCAAAGAUCAAGAAGCGGCGACAUUACAGAAAGAAAAGUCACAGUCAGAGAAAAGACAAAGCUUCUGUGUCAGAGAGUCAGAGUCAAACUGACACAAGGAAAAAGUCUGUACAAUGUGACACCUGUGGAAAACCAUUCAUCUAUAAAUCCCAACUGACUGCACAUCUGAAAGUUCACACAGGGGAGAAAUCACAUUCUUGUAUCACCUGUGGAAAAAGAUUUGGUCAGAAAUCAGUCUUGGAACGUCAUGCAAGAAUUCACACUGGUGAGAAGGCAUAUUCCUGUAGCACCUGUGGGAAAAGAUUUGGUCAGAAAUCAGAUUUGGUCUAUCAUGUAAGAAUUCACACCGGUGAGAAGCCAUAUCUUUGUAACACCUGUGGGAGAAGAUUCAUUGGUCGCUCAAACUUGAAAUCUCACAUGAGAAUUCACACAGGUGAGAAGCCAUAUAGUUGUAGCACCUGUGGGAAACAAUUUGGUCAUAAAUCAGCCUUGGAGCGUCACGCAAGAAUUCACACUGGUGAGAAACCAUACCCCUGUAGCAGCUGUGGGAAAAGAUUUGGUCAGAAAUCAGAUUUGGAAGAUCAUGUAAGAAUUCACACAGGUGAGAAGCCAUAUACUUGUAGCAUCUGUGGGAAACAAUUCAUUCAGAGGACACACUUGAAAUCUCACAUGAGAAUUCACACAGGUGAGAAGCCAUAUCUUUGUAACACCUGUGGGAAAAGAUUCAUUGAUCGAUCAAAAUUGAAAUCUCACAUGCGAAUUCACGCAGGUGAGAAGCCAUAUACUUGUAACACCUGUGGGAAAAAAUUUGGUCGUAAAUCAGCCUGCGAGCGUCACACAAGAAUUCACACGGGUGAGAAACCAUAUCCGUGUAGCACCUGUGGGAAAAGAUUUGGUCAGAAAUCAGAUUUGGAAGCUCAUGUAAGAAUUCACACAGGUGAGAAGCCAUAUCUUUGUAGCAUCUGUGGGAAACAAUUCAAUCAGAGAACACACUUGAAAUCUCACAUGAGAAUUCACCCAGCUAAGGAGCCAUAUCCUUGUAACCCCUCUGUGAAAAUAUUCGGUCCAGAGGACAACUUAAAGUCAGAUGAGAAUUCAUACUGGUUCAAAGUUUCGUGCUUACUGAACAGAAGUCAAAUCACUGCAACACCUGAGUGAAAAGAUGAUCCAGAUUCAAAUCAGUAUUUUCGUUGCAGAGCAGUAAAGAACUAUCAGCAUUGUUUGUUUUAUUACCUUAGGGACACUUCACAAAUAUUGACAUUUUCUGGAGCAUACAAA